GCUAUGUUGGCUGCGCUGUUUACAGUAGUGACUCAAGAUGGCUGUCAUGCAUUUAACUUUUGAAUAAAUUCAAAAUUCUUAAUUUCCUGGCGACUAUCUACGUUCUUAUUAGCAUUCCGACCUUUUGCAAUGGGAGUCCCGGCAUUUUUCCGUUGGCUGAGCCGCAAAUACCCUUCAGUGAUCGUCCACUGCAUCGAACAAAAAGCAGUUGAUGUAAAUGGGGUCCGGGUUCCAACCAAUUCCGCCGAGCCCAACCCCAACGGGGUGGAGUUUGACAAUUUGUACCUGGACAUGAACGGAAUUAUCCACCCGUGCACGCAUCCAGAGGACCGACCAGCGCCGCGCAAUGAAGACGAGAUGAUGGUCGCGAUUUUCGAAUGCAUCGAUCGCAUUUUCAACAUCGUCCGUCCCAGGAAACUCCUGUACAUGGCGAUUGACGGAGUUGCCCCACGCGCGAAAAUGAACCAGCAGAGAUCAAGGCGUUUCCGCGCCGCUAAAGAAACCGUGGAGAAAAUUAACGAAAUCAAGCGAAUUCGGGCCGAGCUGUUGCUGCGAGGGGCGAAGUUGCCGGACGAGAAACCGAAGGAGGAGCACUUUGAUUCCAACUGCAUCACGCCGGGGACCCCGUUCAUGGCGCGGCUUUCUAACUGCCUGCAUUAUUACAUCCACGAGAGGCUGAAUAAUGACCCAGGGUGGCAGGGGAUUAAAGUUAUCCUCUCGGAUGCGAACGUGCCGGGUGAAGGCGAACACAAAAUCAUGGAUUUUAUUAGGCGCCAGAGGGCGCAACCUGACCACGAUCCAAACACUCAACACUGCCUUUGUGGUGCCGACGCUGACUUAAUCAUGUUGGGUUUGGCCACGCAUGAGCCCAAUUUUACUAUAAUUAGGGAAGAGUUCAAGCCUAACAAGCCCAGACCUUGUGAUAUUUGUGGUCAGUUGGGUCACGAAAUGAAAGAUUGUAUAGGUGGCGCUGCUAGUGCUGAGAGCGACACGCAGAAAGUGUUUGCAGAAACGGAUUAUAUUUUUGUUCGUUUGAACGUUUUAAAGGAGUAUUUAGAACGCGAAUUGCAAAUGCCGAAUUUACCCUUCAAAUACGAGUUUGAGCGGGUUUUAGACGAUUGGGUUUUUAUGUGCUUUUUUGUUGGUAACGAUUUUUUACCACAUUUGCCAAGCUUGGAAAUUCGGGAAGGGGCAAUUGACCGACUAAUCAGACUAUAUAAAGAUUGCGUCUAUAAAACUGGGGGCUGGUUGACAAACAGCGGUGAUGUCAACUUGGAGCGCGUUCAGUUGAUUAUGAGCGAAUUGGGCAAAGCUGAGGAUGAAAUAUUUAAAACACGACAACAGAAAGAAUUACAGUUUAAGGCGAGAGAAAAGGCGAAAAGACGGAGGAGCGAAGGCUACAACCAGUAUAAACCCAACUGGGACUUGGUCAAGAACACGCAGUUUGCUCCUACCGCUUUAGGCCAGGCAAAGCCGGUAGUAAACGCCCGUCAUGAGGCUUUUGAAAUACGAAAGGCCGGAAUGCACACUCAAAAAGCGGGGUUAGAGUCGAUGUUAACACCCGUGGAUAGUCAGUCAAGUAACCGGGGCCAGAAGCGCCACCAUGAGGACGACGAUGAAAGUGAUGACGACCAGGCUCAUGAUGAAGUGAGAUUAUGGGAAGAUGGGUUCAAGGAUCGUUACUAUGAAUCAAAAUUCGACGUGAAUUCUGAUAAUCUAGAUUUUCGAAAUAACGUAGCGCUGCAUUACGUGAGGGGUUUGUGUUGGGUUUUGCGGUACUAUUACCAAGGGUGUGCCUCGUGGAAGUGGUACUAUCCCUACCAUUAUGCCCCAUUUGCUUCAGAUUUUGUUCACAUCGCAGGCUUGAGUACUGAAUUUGAGGAAGACUCUGAUCCUUUCCGACCUCUAGAACAAUUAAUGGGUGUUUUCCCGGCUGCUAGUAGUAAACAUGUUCCUCAACCAUGGGCAAAGUUAAUGUCAGACCCUGAAUCACCAAUUAUUGAUUUUUAUCCCGAAGAUUUUAAAAUUGACUUAAACGGGAAGAAAUUUGCCUGGCAAGGAGUUGCGUUAUUGCCUUUUGUUAAUGAGGAUAGGUUAUUUAAGGCCUUAGCUCCAUAUUAUAAAGAGUUAUCACCUGAAGAAAUUCGGAGAAAUGUGCGAGGAGAUGAUCGGUUGUAUGUUGGGGCCAAAAACGCCGGUUAUAACCAAAUAAAGCAACUGUAUGUACAAAAAAUCAGUGUGAAAAUGGAAGUGCACGUUUCCAUUGAGGGAAUGCAGGGGACUGUGUUGUUGUCCGAUGAAUGCGUCGAUUAUGGAGGUUAUUUGGAUUCUCCGAUUCGCGGUUUGGACGACAUCAUGAACAACAUGGUGUCUUGUGUGAAAUACCGCGAUCCAAAAUACGCUUCCGGCUUCGUAUUUCCAGCCAAGAAACUAAAAGGCGCGAUCGAUCCGCCUCGAGUUUUAAAACCAACAGAUUUAGAUCCUGUAGCAAGCAGAAACUGGCGACCUAUCAUUGGAAUGGUGCCAUCAACAACACGAGCCACUUUAGGCGAGGCCGGCCACAGGAUGGUGGGUCAUCAUUUUCCCAAGUCGGGUCCAGGUCCGUACUCGCACGUUCCUCCGCCGUCUAAUAUGGACAGAAGAAAUAACUAUCACCAAAAUCGCGGCAGUAAUUACGGGCACAGUCAAGGAGGGUACUCGAGUUACAACCAGGGGCACAACUCGAGGGGGUACCAGAGUGGGUAUGACACAGGGUACAAUCAAAGGUACAACCGGAACAACUACCAAAAUCGGAACUACAACUCCGACAGGAACGAUCCCAGCAGAAGGCCUCCGGGUCCUUACAGGGACGGAUAUCAGACCUCCAGCUCGAACCCUAACGCAAAUAGAUACAGCUACAGGAGGUAGAAAUUUUCAUUUCUACAUACUUCUAAUUUUAUCCGACUUUGUAACUUUUUUAAUCACUUAAAAAAAUAACUAUCCCUUCACUAUUUAUUUGAGUUAAAAUGUAUAGUGUAGGUUCAUUGAGAGAACAGUAUUCUCUUGUUUUGUAUGAUUAUGGUUUUGUACCUUUCUAGCAAAGGCUUAAGGAAAAGAAUUGUUGUAGUUUAAAAAGUAUGGAAUAAACAAUAUGAUUUUAGUA